CUGCUUCGUAUUAUAUGCAGGUUGAUAUAAUUCUGUGGAAUUUUGUGCUAAAUCUGAUUAACCUUAACCUAAUAUUUGCAGAUUCGGUAUCAACAAUUAUGAAAAGUCGCAAAAGUAUAACAGUAGAACCAUAACUAAACUAAAGGAAGAAAGUUAAGGAUUUAGCUAAGAAAAACGUUUAACAUAGACGUAAGGUUGUUUGCAGAGCUGUUGUGGAUGGAACCUAGCAAUUGUUCUAGUAAUGUGUCCAGUCUACGGUUGUUUGGUAUUGUGAAUUGCCGGUGUUUGUAACCCAGAAUUUACGUGACUUUGUCGAAAGCACUAACUUAACUCGCAAUGUUUUGGACGGCGGCCAGUUUGAAAAUUACCAACAAUUUUGAGGCCUCGGUUAAUUAGUGCCCUAAAACUUUACUAACGUUCAAAAACUCUAGGGAAAAUAUCCCUUUUAGCACAAAGAUCUCACCGGAGCCUCUUUUCAGACAUCAUAAUCAUGCACCCUGUAAGGCCCGCUCAUGUGAGACCUGUUGCAAUGAUAUUCUAUAAGGCUUAUGAGGCUUCGAGGCUUAUGAAUUGGAGUGGAUAGGCUCUAUGAUCAGUUCAACAACGGAAACUGCCCCGUGUAGGCCUACGUUAAAUUUUAUGUUUCAUCAAAGACAGUCAACAUGACUGAUGCAAAGAAUGUUAACCUCAGAAGAACAGAAUAUGCCAUGUGGGCUAAUGAGCAUGCGCUAGUUAGUGGUGUAGUUAUUUUGAUUGGAGGAAUUGUUGGACUUUUCAAUUUCUCAGGUUGGAUUUGCAGUGUGUAUGCUAUAUUCAUCGGUUGCUUUAUUACUAUUUAUGAAUAUCCACGCGGAUAUCGAGAAGAUUCUGUUUGUAUACGAAGAAGAGGUCAAGAUUUUUUCGAGCCAUUUGUCUCCAUCAUCAGUGGAAUAUUUUUCGACAGUUACGGUGUUCGCGCUGUGGUUUAUCUCCUUUUGUGUUUGCCGUGUGGAGGAUGUCUGCCUACACUGACGGGCGGUGUAUCACUUCUUUUCGCCUCCCUGUUAUAUUUCAUCUCCGCUCUUCGGCAUGAAACACGCAAAUCGCCUGGAGCUUUACCAAGGAAAGAGAAAUGGAAAAGGAAGAGCACGAUCCGGGCGCCUAAACACCCACCGCCUAGGCUAAAACACUACAUAACUACCAAUGACUCAAAUUCGCCAGUGCUAAAGGAUCCACAUGAUGCAAAGAAUAUUGUUAAACCCAAUAUCAUCUUGACUGUUUCAAGAGACGAAAGCGAAAACAAUGACAACCAUGUCCAUCACUUUGAAAGUGUGGCAAAUAGGCCUAUGGGAGAUAAUUCAAUGUCAAAGAACAUUGAGAACAUAUACUUAACAGAUAUUCCAUUUAAUAAACGUAAUAAUGGCUAUCUUAAUCAUGGAUUUGAUAUGGAAAGCAAUAGGUCUGAGGGUGCCGGAGUAACCAGUAACCUAUGAUAGUGAGAUUUAAUGUAGGCCUACAGGACUAAUUGAUAUUUCAUUGCUGCAGAAAAUAGGAAUUAUCCCGUGAGGAAAUUUUCCAUUCGAUUUCUGAAUAAAAUUUCUCCACUCCUGAAGAAUUUCUUGUAUCCUCGGAUAGGAAAUGUCCAACCCCGUUGUGUGUGAAUUUACCUUCACUGCCAGGAAAUUUAAGCUUGCUUGCUUGAAUAUUGAGUAAAGGUUUUUAGGCCUAGGGUCUAGCUAUGGUUGGUACAGUAUUUGGAUGAAACCGACUGAAUAAAGGACUACAAAUUUUAAAAAGACGAGGUAUAGAGAAUGAUUCUGAUAAAUAAUAAUACUGAACCAAUAAUACAUCUUCAGAUGUGAACACUUACUGUAUAGAAGCGAAGAAAGUUUACUGCAUUUUACUAUAAGGGAUACACAGGAGCUUGGAGUAAAUUGGGAAUAUGCCUUGUACGAGGAACCUGGUCUGUUUGAAAGAUGUAUUGAAAUGCUAUUUCAUAACUAUAAUAAGGAGAGAGUUGUGUAAAGAAGUAGAUGACCGGCCCGGGUGGAGAAACCAAACGGAUGAGCAAAAACCUGACAUCUAAACGCCACCAGAAAGGAUGACAAAACAAAAUAAAAGAAAAUGUCUUUAA